AUGGAACCAAGGAAUUGUUCACAAGUGUUAGAAUUUCUUCUUCUGGGAUUUUCAAGAGAACCUGAAUUGCAGCCCUUCCUUUUCUGGCUUUUCCUCUCUAUGUACCUCAUCACUGUGAUUGGAAACUUGCUUAUCAUCCUGGCCAUCACCUCUGAUACCCAUCUCCAUAUACCCAUGUAUUUUUUCCUCUCCAACCUGUCUCUUUCUGACAUCUGCCUUACCACAACCAUUGUUCCCAAGAUGUUGGCAAACAUACAGACACAGAACAAGGUCAUCUCCUAUGACACCUGCAUCACACAGAUGAAUUUUUUCAUACUCUUUGCUGGGUUUGGGAACUUCCUCCUGGCUGUGAUGGCCUAUGACCGCUUUGUGGCCAUCUGUCACCCUCUGCAUUACACGGUCAUCAUGAACCCCCGGCUCUGUGUGCUGAUGGUUCUGGUGUCCUGUAUCCUUAGUGUCCUGCAUUCCCUGUUACAAAGCUUAAUGGUGCUUCGGCUGUCCUUCUGUACAGACUUGGAAAUCCCACACUAUUUCUGUGAACUUAAUCAAGUGGUCCAACUUGCAUGUUCUGACACCUUCCCUAAUGAGCUGGUGAUGUAUUUUACUUCUGUGUUGCUGGGUGUUGGGCCCCUUGCUGGCAUCCUUUACUCUUACUGUAAGAUAGUUUCCUCCAUCUGUGCAAUCUCUUCAGCUCAGGGGAAGUACAAAGCAUUUUCCACCUGUGCGUCUCACCUUUCAGUGGUCUCCUUGUUUUACUGUACAAUCCUAGGAGUGUACUUUAGUGCUGCUACUACCCACAGCUCCCACUCCAGUGGAGCAGCCUCGGUGAUGUAG